AUGAAACAGCGAGAGUCUUCAAGAAUAAGGAAUAAAGAAACAAGAGCAACUGUUCCAGCUGGAACACUCACAUCUUUGGCGAAUCAAAAGAAGUUGUUGCUAGCUAGAAGAAGAAAGGAUCUACUGAUCGAAAAGCGACAGCGUCUAACAGAUGUAAUAGAAGAACAAGAUGUGCUAGAAUCACACAAUCCAGAGGCAGGAGUUCGUAUACAAGCUGACUCAACUAACAAUGUAGUGCAACCCGUAGAAGAACAACUUCAAUUGAAUUCUACUGCUCUUAAAGUAAAUGAACAAUGUGAAGAACAAGACUCUUCCACUAAAAAAAGACUAAGAGGUCAAACAAAGAUGUUAGCUGUACAUGAAAGGCAUGAUCGUAAACUGAUUGUACUGAAUAAAGCUGGUCAGCCAGUUGGUUCUAGUACUGAUGUCGUGAUAGAGUUGAGCAGCUUCCUCGGUACACUUGCUAGGAAUGCGACCCUUUGUCCUCUUGAUAUAGAAAAUUGGAAGUUGCUUGACACAAAACAGGAUUUAAUCGGAAAUAGAUGGACUUUAAAAACAAUUCAAGAAGCUUGGAGAAGGCGUAAGUUUGAUUUGAAAACACACCACUUUGAUGCCUACGCUAAUGAUCAAAUUCGGAUGGAAAAAAAGCCUGAUGAUGUUCCAACAUCUCAAUUUAAGGAACUUCUUAAAUAUUGGAACUCAGAAAAAUUUCAGAAAAUGUCAAAAGCCAACAGUGAGAAUCGGAAAAAGUUGAAGAAUCCACAUACUGUUGGCAAGAAAAGCUUUGCUUUACUUCGCAAUGAUUUGGAAAAAGAGAGGGAAACUAAUGAUACUCCAUCACCUAAGGAAUUUUUUGUGGUUACAAGAAAAAGAAAGCCCAAUCGAUCAUACAAGGAUACAGAUGAAGAUACAGCUAGUAAAAUUGCUGAGAUGGAGAAUAUUGAAAUGCAACAAAAUGAAGAUGGUAAUGAGACAAUUGAUGCAUUUGCUUCUGUCAUGGGAUCAGAACAUCCAGGACGUUUGAGAUUAUAUGGAAGAGGGGUUACAAAAACUACUUUGAAAGGGAAAGUGGGAAAUUUUGAAGCCUCAUCAAAUGCAACAAAUGACCUUGUGAAAAAGAUGGAAGACAGAAUGCUGAGAAUGGAGGAAAAAAUUGAGGAACAGAAGGAACAAUUUGACCAACAAAAGACCACGAUGAGACAAGAAAUUGUAGAAGAUGUCAUAACAAAACUUCAACGUUCAGGCCUACCAAUUGAUGUUAAUGUUUUGGCAACAUUACUUGAUGUUUCGUCAACACGAGAAACAAAUAUUCGGCCAAUCCAUCGUUCAACUACCAGUAGCAACAAUCAAGGUCAGAAUCAUCCUCCUUCUUCUUCAUUUUCUUCUACUACUGCUUUUGCAGUUUUCUGUUUGAAUUUAAUGUCUUCCAUCCUUUGGUGGGUAGAGCUUGAAAACUGUGCUUCUUCACAUGGUGCUAAUUCUUCUAAGUGUUUACUGGCUGCUAAACUGUCUACAUCCGUGUACACUGUUAUAGCUAUAUUUUUCAAGUUGUUUCUGAUAGGUUUGGCUCCUCCUCAUGAACAGUUAGAGCUUCUCUAUGUUAGUACUAUCACUUAG